AUGACCCCCACCCUCACGGCCCUGCUCUGUCUCGGGCUGAGUGUAGGCCCCAGGACCCGAGUGCAGGCAGGAAUCCUCCCCAAACCCACCAUCUGGGCUGAGCCAGGCUCUGUGAUCCCCUGGAGGACCCCUGUGACCAUCUGGUGUCAGGGGAGCCUGGGGGCCCAGGAGUACCGCCUGCAUAAAGAGGGAAACUCAGGGACCUGGGACAAACAGAAGACACUGGAGCCCGGGGACAAGGCCAAGUUCUCCAUCAGAUACAUGACAGAUGUAUAUGCAGGACGAUAUCUCUGUUACUGUCUCAGUCCCACUGGCUGGUCAGAGCCCAGUGACCCCCUGGACCUGGUGGUGACAGGAUUGCAUGACAAACCCAGCCUCAUAGCCACGCCCAGCCCUGUUGUGACCUCAGGAGGGAACGUGACCCUCCAGUGUGGCUCAUGGGUGGGACUCUACAGUUUUGUCCUGAUGAAGGAAGGAGAACGCCAGACCUCCUGGAUCCUGGAUUCCCAGCCAGCCCCCAGUGGGGGGUCCCAGGCCCUGCUCCCCGUGGGCCCUGUGACCCCCAGCCUCAGGUGGACGUUCAGAUGCUAUGGUUAUUACAGCAACACCCCCCAGGUGUGGUCACUCCCCAGUGACCCCCUGGAGCUGUUGGUCUCAGGUGUGUCGGGCAAGCCCUCCCUCCUGACCCAGCAGGGCCCUGUCGUGACCUCUGGACAGAGCCUGACCCUCCAGUGUCGCUCUGAUGUUGGCUACGACAGAUUCGCUCUGUCCAAGGAGGGAGCACGUGACCCUCCCCGGCGCCUUGGCCGGCAGCCCCAGGCUGGGCUCUCUGGGGCGAACUUCGACCUGGACCCUGUGAGUCCCUCCCACGGGGGCCGGUACACAUGCUAUGGUGGACAGAACCUCUCCUCCGCGUGGUCGGCCCCCAGUGACCCCCUGGACAUCCUGGUCGCAGGACAGCUCCCCUACAGACCCUCCCUCUCAGGGCAGCCAGGACCCAUGGUGACCUCAGGACAGAAUGUGACCCUGCUGUGUCAGUCAUCGAGCUCUGUGGAUACUUUCCUUCUGUCCAAGGACGGGGCAGCCGAUCCCCCGCUGCGUCUUAGAUCAAAGCACCGAGCUGGGCAGCACCAGGCUGAAUUCUCCAUGAGUCCUGUGACCUCAGCGCACGGGGGGAUCUACAGGUGCUACGGCUCACUCAGCACCUCCCCCUACCUGUUGUCACAGCCCAGUGACCCCCUGGAGCUCCUGGUCUCAGGAACAGCUGACACCCUGAGCCCACCCCAAAACAAUUCAGACCCCAGCAGUGGUAAGUAG